AUGUUGGACAAACUACUACUUAUACUGAGCCUCAGCACUGUUCUUUUCAAUCCCCACCCUUCUUCGCCCUUUGAUCUCCUGUAUUUCAGAACCCUGAACCCUUGCCCCCUCUCCCUCAUUCGUUUCUCAAGCUUCGCUCGGUGUCGUCGACCUAGGAUCUCUCACAUUGGACCCUGCCCCGGAUUUGACAUAUCAUCCUUGACCCAUCCACUACUUUGAAGCCGUCACCAUGCAUCUCUUGCGCUCUGUGGUUGCUAUCGCCUCCGUGGCCUUGCUUGCCAACGGACAGAAUUCUUCCUACACCAUCAACGUGAAUGACAUUCCGAUCAAAACAAGAGAUCAAUGGUGUGAAGCUCAGACAUCAGCAUGCCCGCUCCUCUGUCUUCAAUUGCCUGGAACGACGAGCCAACCGCAGAAGAAUACUUGCGAUCCCAAAACGUUGCAAUAUGUCUGUGACUGCAGUAACGGCCUGAGCCCGAACGCUUCCCAGUACUCUCAGACAAUCCCAUUCUUCAUCUGCACCGAAGAAAACAAUCAAUGUGUUAGCAACUGCAACGGGAAUUCCCUUUGCCAGUCGGAUUGCCGCAGCCAGCAUCCUUGUGGUGCGCAGAACCCCAAGCGUGUGAACACCACUUUGACAUCCAGCUCAACUCCUGCUGCGACUGCUGCUUCCACCACCACUUCAUUGGCACCUUUCACUGGCGUACCCGACGAGGGCGCAGCACCUCGGACGUCGACAGAUAUGACUCAACUUUACGGCCUGGUGGCUGUCGUGGGCGCAUUCCUUGCCGGGUUCACGACCGUGAUCUAGAUUCAACUCGCGUCGCAGAGGGUUCUGUUACAGCCGCCGCGCCCGUCGCAUUCCUCGGACGAUAUGUGGGGCUUUUGGCAAUCUCACCGUAAUAUUUAAUGUGUGUCAACUUUCUUCUGUCGUCGGAGAUCAUCUACUGCUUUAG